AUGACCAGCAUGAUAGCCACGACAUCCUCCUCCCCUGCAUUGAUACGGUCGAAGGUCGGGUACAAUCUAUCACACGUGGCUGUAUUCCUAUUCUCGCUGAAGCUAGUCGUACACAUUGCAGAGAGGACGGUCUAUCCAUGGUACACCCAGACAUUCAUUGAGAGUGGUGAAUGGACUAAGAGUGGAAUCCUCGUCUGCCUGCUAGGUCCUUUGGGCCAUCUCACUUUCUUUGGAACCGGACUACUACUAUCACUACCUACAAUUCUGCAUUGGCGUAAAGGAAAGCUGCAACUCAAGAAGGAGUUUCCCUCGGUAUUCGCUGGUAUGCCGGUCAUCCUCAUGGCAUGGUUAACUGGCAAUGCCUUCGCAUACUUGGUUUUGAUGUACUUGACUCGUGACAGUGAGUCUGAACCACCCAACGCUUUUCUGUGA